UCGAUUCCAGAUGAAAAACCUCAAGCAAAAAGGAAAAACGACAAUAUUUAUUACUCACGCAAGCAAAUCAAAGUGUCGAAGCAAGUAUCGCUCAAUGCCUCAUCAACUUAUCAACGUUUAGUAAGGUUCAUGUAUUUUCCGUUAUGGAUUACACGUAUUAAUACAAAGAAAAGAAGUAGGCGUCGACUCACUCUGAUAAUUAAAGUGCAAACGGCAGGCCGUUUUAGUUAUCUCUACCACUUUAUAAAGGAUGUGCACGGUGUCUUUUCAAUGGUUAAUUUCGAAAUAGCAAGAUGGUGAUGUUUUGCAAACUGUUAGUGAGAUAGUGGAUAUAGCCUAAAUCUCUCUUCUGCUACGUUGAUAACACGAAAAAUAAAAGCAGAAAAUCUAACCAAGAUUAAUUUUACUACCAAGCAAUUUUGACAAUGUCCACACAUUCAUACAAGGCGAUGCAUCGAUUGUAUAAUGAACUGGCAUAUUCAUCUUUGUAACUAUUACAAUGGCUUGCUUUCUCCUGAAUCAAGAGGAUGUUCAACUCAACAUUCCAUCUUAUGAAAUAAAUGAUGGUGUUACUUAUUAUACUGUACAGGUUAACGUUGGUUCAGUUAAAUGGACUGUCAAACACAGGUAUAGCGAGUUUGCAGAACUCCACGACACUUUAGUAUCAGAUCAUUGUGUUGAGAAAGACAUACUGCCACCAAAAAAGCUUAUUGGAAAUAAGUCUGAAAUUUUUGUUGAAAAAAGACGUAUAGCUUUGGAGAAUUAUUUGAAUGCAGUUUAUGUUUACUUGAAGAAAAUUAUGCCAAGAUCAUUAGCUAUCUUUUUGGAGUUGCAUAUUUAUGAAAUAUUUUUCUUACUGCAAAGUUUGGCUUACCAGUUCUUUACUGAAGGGGAAUCUCUACUUCAAAAUUCCAAGAACUUUUCAUUUGAUGUUGUACAGCUAUAUGCAAUCAGUGAAAGACUCAGACAACCUCGUCCAUCUCUAGAAGUUACAGACAAGAAGUAUGAUUUUAGUCAUGUAUUGGAUUUUAAUUCUCACCUAAAAGACCUUAGUAUCAAUGGCAGUGAUGCAGCAUAUGGCACAAGUAAUAUCUAUCCAACCACAUUAAGAGUUGAUUUAUCUACUUUUAAAAAUGUAGAAAAUUUUACAGUUUAUAAUUAUCCAGUUGAUAAAAUUUAUAAUAUGGGCAAUCUUCGAGAUACAGUUAAAGUUUUAAAAGUACACAAUACAAAACUUAAAAAUAUCAUAGAAUUAACUAUGUGCGAAGAAGUUCAUAAACAUAUUAGUUCCGCUAGUGAUUGUCAUGUUUGGUUUAAAGUUACACAUUUAGAUUUGAGUGACAAUUGCAUAGAAGAAAUUGAUGAAGCAAUCAAAUUAUUGCCACAUAUUGAAUCUCUAAUUUUAAAUAACAACAAACUUAAAAAAAUAUCAAAUAUUACUUUAUUACCUAGAUUAUCUCAACUUCAUCUAGCAUCAAAUAGUUUUACAUCUCUACCUGAAAAUCUUCACACAAAGUUAGGAAAAAUUGUUUUUAUUGACUUAUCAAGAAAUUGUCUAACUUCUUUAUCGAGUUUUUCGAAAAUGUACUGUUUGGAAGGUUUAGAUGUUAGCUGCAACAGAAUUGAAAAUAUAGAGGAAGUAAAAUAUAUCGGACAUCUUCCUUGUUUAGAAAAUUUAAGACUAACAGGAAAUCCUGUAUCAACCAUUGUUGACUAUAGAAUUAAAGUUUUAGAACCAUUUGGCAAAAGAGCUGCAGAUAUUUAUCUUGACAAUGAAAAGCCCAAUCAGAAAGAGCUUGACACUGUUUCAAUUUUUCAAGCUCUAAGAAUAGCAAAAGAAGGAAAAUCUCCUACAUUUAGUUCAAACGAUGCUCCAUUGUUUUCAGCUGAAAUACCAACUGUUUAAUAUAUAUUAUUUUCACAAAAAUAUUUUCAAAUAAAACCAUAAUGUACCUAACCUAAAGAAAUGAUACGAAAUCUACAACAAUAAUUAUUUUGUAAUUUUAUUAAGAUAUAAACUAAUGUUUGUUAAGAUAAUUUUUCUACUUGAUUAAACAUUGAAUCAUGUAAAAAAUAUUGUAAAUAAGUUUUUUGAAGAAGCAUUUGAGAAAUGUAUCAUAGACGACAGAUAGAUAUUUUGCAAGCGUGAUUUUUGAACUAUUUUUACUGCGAGCAUUAUUUGGCUAAGAUGAAUUUGUAUAUAUUCUUAAUUCAAAGAUUAUAUUCAAGUUAACGAUAAUAAAAACCUGAUAUUUUAAUGUAAAUGCAUUUUUACAUAUGGGCGUAUAUAAUAAGAAGUAAUAUUUUGUUGAAUAAAUUAAAUUUGUUGAAUAAUUUCUAGAUUAUAAUAUUGUUUAUUAAAAUGUUACUUAGAUAGAUAAGAUACAAACCAACGUGAUAAACAUUCAAUAGUAUAAUCAACAUAAAUAAUUACGAUUGUUAAGACAAAACAUACAAACAAUUUUUUAAAUGCUAUAACUCAAUGGUCAAUUUUUAACAAAAUUUAAUUUGAAAAAUGAAUAGUUAACCAAUAUAUUGAAUUCUCUAUUCUCACUAUUCGCGAAUUUCUCAUAGAGAAGAUAUGUGGAAAGCACUUAUACUAUAUGGUAAAGUACCUGUAUGUAUUUGAAAGACGCUGGAAAACUCUUAUCCUUGCUGUAUGUGUAUAUAGAAAAGAUUAGUACCACGGCCCUACGAUAAGUGCAUUGUUAAGUUACAUGUAUUGUUGAACUUUUAACGAUAAUUUCUCUUGAAAGUUAUUCUAUCAUUCUACACCUGAAAGUUCAACGAGAUUUAUUUUAAGAUGACCGUCAUCAACUCAGAUUUCGUUUAAUGAUCUAUUACGUGCAAAUUCGGGCCUUCAUAAACGAACUAUCGUUGUGUUGAAGAAAUGAAAAAUUCCAGAACUAUAUGGUUUUAAUUCGGCUCUCUUUAAUCUCAACCAAUCUUGUGAGACGAAUACAAUAAAAAAAACAUCAAUAAUUAUUCAGUCGUAAAACAUUACAUGCCAACAUAUUUCGUUGAGCGCAAAGAUCUACAGUCGUAUGAAUUUAAGAUGAAAGUUUGUUUUUUUGUUCGUAAUUAUAUAAAAAGUAUGAUAAUAACAAUAUAAUCAAGUACGUCAUAUAGAAUUUGUUAAUCCUUUCAAUAACAGCAUAUAUUAAUAAACUUCUAUCAUUAUAAACAUUCUUUGAUUACAGUUUCAUCGUGAGCUUACCGCAAUUUAUGAAAGACAAUGAUAAAGUGGACCUGGCAAAGCUUAUGGAUCAUAGCCAACCAGAUACAAUUGUAACAGUGCAUAUGAGGUUUGAUGAAUACCAUAGGAAUAGAAGGAUUAAUACUGCCGGAAGAGGUGACUGCAGAAGUUGAUUCCACAUUAGUGUUACCAAAACAGCAAGUGACAGACCUCGAAUCUCUUCAUGUUUUUUUCGUCAGUUUGGAUAGUAAAGUUAAGGUGAAAAAUGCUGUGAAAAUCUCAUCCGUUCUCAAGAUCUUUGGUCCCAAGAAUGCCUUCAUUUAAUUGAUAGAUAUCUUCGUAUCUAUAUAUCUAGCCUAUGUACAGCUAGAUAACUUGUUUACCUCUUUAGGCAGUUACAAAUGUACAUAGAACAAUCCAUGAACUUUAUAUUUUUUAGAUCAAUAAAAUUCAAAUUCGUUAUUUUUAAAUGAACAUUACUAUAUUAAUAUAUGUUUAUACUAUUUUACAUUUACGAUUGAAGUUUCUUUUUCUUGUGAAUUUACGAAUUAAUUGAUUUUAUUAUGGCUUAUUGAUAUUAAUAUUCAGAUAAAACUUAUUACCUUUGUAAAAAAGAAUUAU